UGGCUCAGCACGGGAGUGUUCCAACCGGCACCUACGGUGACAGAUGCCGCGGAAAGUACCACGCCAUGACAGCCAGAGGCGAGGAUGAUCGCCCGGCCACCGAAGAUGCGGAGGCCGAUGCUCUGGCGCCGUUGGCGUCCCCCAAGGGGAUGGAGAGAGUUCGCAUGGAGCAACUCAGCGCGGGGCCCGUGGACUUCGUCGCCCGCUGCGUCCAGGGUCUCUUCGCCGGGCGCUUCAUCUACAUCAACCGAACUUCACAGGGAGAGCUUUUCGGCAGUGACCGCAAUAGCAACGCGGUGACCAUGUACAUUGAGAAUGCUGGACUCUCGCCAAGUCAUGCAGAGAUCAAGUUUGUCGCUGCAACCUGCCAGUAUUUCCUCACGGAUGCUGGAAGCGUUGACGGUACCUGGGUCCGAAUAAGAUGGAACCGGUCCGUUGAGAUCGCACCAGGGCAGGAAAUCAGGAUCGGUGACUCUCUGAUCGAAGUGCGGCAGGGGCAGGAGAUCACAGAAGCUGAGGAGGUGGAGCAAUGGCUCUCCACAUAUCAGCUGCAGCGCUUCGCAGGUCUGCUGAACGAGAAGGGCUUUUGUGGCCUGUCGUCUCUACGGCACCGCUUGUUGCAAGAGCUGCCGUCGAUGCUCAGCGCUGAACUCUCCAACGAAGAUUAUCAGUCGCUGGAAAUGGCUGCCAAAGAGUUGGACAGGAUGUGGCCCAGUGAUGCAUAUCCCACGCACACCCUGGAGUUCAGUGUGCGGCCGGCCACGGGCUCCACGCCCUGCUCGGGCGUGACGCCGAGCGAAGGUGCCCCGGCCGGCGACAGCGAGCUUUGCUCUUCAGGGGUCGUGGCCAGCGUGGGAUGGGCUGGUGGCACUAUUGAACUUUGGCCGGUCGGAGUUCCCGCCGAGGAGAAGGAGGUGGAUGAUGCUCUGUCGGGAGUCCACUCGAACAAUUCGAAGGACUCACCGGUUGGACAGGCUCAUAUCGCUGGCUGGCUUCGGCCGGAACAGCUGCGGAUCGGCUAUUCUUUUGGACGAUACUAUGUGCAUUUCAGUGAGCGAUCGGCGGAGUCAGAACAAAAAGGCUGGGUUCGGCUACGAGCAGACCAGAGCCACUGGCUUAUGCCACAGGACCUGUUUUCCAUUGGAACCCUGGAGUUUCAGGUCUUGCGCUUCAAUGCAGCGUCCUACUCGGAACAAGGCCUUCGAGCAACAAUGGAGGAUGAGGACAUCCUCAUUCAAGAUCUGGCAACCUCUAAUUGGAGGCAAUGCUCUUAUUUUGGCAUUUACGAUGGCCAUGGUGGCAGGGACUGCGUGAACUUUGUGCGCCGGCGGUUGCAUGUCAACAUCGUCGCCGCCCUGCAUGCCAGGGGCGGACUGGAUAAGUCUGUCCAGGUUCACCAGGACAUGCACGACAGCCUCAUGCAGGGCUUCCUAAAGACGGAUCAACAGUUCUUGGGCCUCACACAGGGCAUGGAGAACGGUGGUUCCGGAAGCACUGCGGUGGUUGCUUGUCUUGUGGGUGGUUGGGUUUGGUGUGCGAAUGUGGGCGACAGCAGAGCCUUACUCUGCCGAAAUGGCCGAGCGCUACAGCUGUCAUUAGACCACAAGCCCAGCCGCGCAGAUGAGUCCAAACGCAUCGAGCAGGCAGGUGGCUUUGUAUCCUUCCACCGAGUGCUCGGGCGCCUGGCGGUGUCUCGUGCUUUCGGAGACGAAGAGUACAAGGUUGGAGUGACCAAAGCAGAUAACAUUUCGCAGCCAUUGGUCAUUGCCGAGCCAGAGAUCCGGGUAGAGCAGCUCACACCGGAGGACGAGUUCCUCUUUAUGGCUUGCGACGGUCUUUUUGCCGUCUUUAGCUGCCAAGAGGCCGUGGAUUUCUUGCAUAGUCGCCUUGCAGCCAUGCCACCCAACGAGCAGGAUCCACAGAGAGCUGUUCAGGACAUUGUUCAUGAAGCAAUUCAUGAACGCAGGUCACGUGACAAUGUCACAGCACUCUUGGUGACCUUCCGGAGAGCUGUCCAGCGACAGUGAGUCCGAGUGACAGCGCGUUGCCGAGGUGUCAGGUCCACACCGGUGGGAUCGAAGAAC